AUGGAUAUAGAUACGGCAUCUUCCAAUCAUUCUCUCGAGGAAUUAGACAAUGUACUCGGGAAUCUCUCAAAUUUAAAUGAUAAUAGCUUAAAUCAAACAUACUUGACUGCCACUUCUUUACUAUGUGAAGAGAACCUUUUAUUUCAAAAAAAAGCGUACAAAACACUAAAUAAAUUUUUCAGCAACCAAAAUUCCAAAGCUUUCUUAUUGCAAAAUCUUGAUGAUUUGCAAAAAAAAUUAUCACAGGCAGCCAUUGUUACUGUAUCCGCGGCAAAGAAGGACCGUUUAAUCACAUUAAUCAAUGUCACCAAACAUUUACCUUCCUCCGAUCUUCACAUAAUUCCUGAUAUAUUAUCGGAGGCGAUUUUAAGCACCAAGGAAGUAAAUGCUAAAGCGCGACAACUUGCGUACGAGUUAUUAAUAGUUAUGGGAAAUAAGAUGAAAGAUGGGGGAAUCGUAAUAAUGAACAAAAUCUCGGGUGCAGAUCAAGAUUCUUCUAAUGUGAAUGCUUCUAUUGAUGAAUUUGUCUUCAGAAUGGUAGUUGCUGGUUUAGCUGCUACAACUCCUCAUAUGAUUAGUGCUACUAUCACAUCGUUGUCAAGGCUGAUUUUUGAAUUUAAGGACCACCUAGAUACCACAUUAACACAUCAACUUUUGGAUACGAUGGAUCGUUUUGUACGACAUCGAGAUCGUGAAGUAGUCAAAUCAGCAUUAGGCUUCGUAAAAGUGGUAGUAAUUUCGUUAAACGUCGAGAUGGUUAGUGCUCACCUUUCACAAAUCAUACCAGGCAUUCUAAUGUGGUCACGAGAACACAAAAGUCACUUUAAAGCUAAAGUAAAACACAUAUUCGAACGAUUAUUAAGACGUUUCGGAUAUGAAGUUAUCGAACAACAUACGCCGGAACCUGAUCGCAAAUUGUUGGUCUAUAUUCGUAAACAAAAAGCACUAACAAAACGAAAGAAAAAGAAUAAUAUGCAGAAUAAAAAGAAUUUGGUAAAAGAUAAAUUUGAUUCUGAUUCACUUUCGCGGUCUUUAAGGAACUCUAUAUUGAAAAAUGCCUAUGCCGAUAAUGAUAGCUUAUUUGAGAGUGAAAGUGAAUCAGAGUCAUCUGAUGAUGGCGAUGAAGUAGCAGGAAAAAAGUCGAAUAAAAAGAACGAAAAGAAAUUAUGGAUCAAAGAAGAUGACGAAAUCCCAGAACCGAUUGAUUUAAUCGCGAAAAGAAAUGCAAAAAUCAACAGCAAUCUCAAAAGAAAACACAAAGAAAAAAUGGUCACUGUGGGGAAAGAAUAUAAAGCGAAAAAUGCCGAGGGAGAUGUCAAGCGAAAAGGAAAACCUGAACCAUACGCUUAUGUACCAUUAACUAAGAUGUAUCGCAAGUCUGGGCAAAAAGGGCCCAAAAUUUCUCUAACUUCAAAAGGAAAAGUACAAAAAAGGCGAAAUUAA